UCAGAUCUCUCAGCUUGGCCAAGACGUUACUUGCAAUCCAUCCGUUGGCCUUGUCUGUCAAAACAAUGAGCAAGGUCUUCAGCAAAAGUGCUUCGAUUAUGAGAUUCGAGUGAAAUGUUGUAAAUGUGGAACCACAACACACAUCCCAACCACCGCAACAACAACAGUUCCUCACACACUACUCCUACACCCACUACUACAACCUCAACAUCGACAGCUCCACCUACAACAAAAACAUCAACUCAGACUCCCAGCCCUAGCACAACUCCAACCACUACUCCUACAUCAACCUCAACAGGAGUAACACCUACCAAAUGCAGUGGUGAAGAAACAUGUGUGUGGUCAGACUGGAUCAACCUUGGUCAGCCAACGUCUGGCUCUGAAGGUGGAGAUAAUGAAUCCAUUAAGAACAUCAUUGCUGCUGGUUAUCACAUUUGCUCAGCUCCAGAGGCAGUUGAAUGUAGAGCAAAACAAUACCCUGGACUUCAGAUCUCUCAGCUUGGCCAAGACGUUACUUGCAAUCCAUCCGUUGGCCUUGUUUGUCAAAACAAUGAGCAAGGUCUUCAGCAAAAGUGCUUCGAUUAUGAGAUUCGAGUGAAAUGUUGUAAAUGUGGAACCACAACACACAUCCCAACCACCGCAACAACAACAGUUCCUCACACCACUACUCCUACACCCACUACUACAACCUCAACAUCGACAGCUCCACCUACAACAAAAACAUCAACUCAGACUCCCAGCCCUAGCACAACUCCAACCACUACUCCUACAUCAACCUCAACAGGAGUAACACCUACCAAAUGCAGUGGUGAAGAAACAUGUGUGUGGUCAGACUGGAUCAACCUUGGUCAGCCAACGUCUGGCUCUGAAGGUGGAGAUAAUGAAUCCAUUAAGAACAUCAUUGCUGCUGGUUAUCACAUUUGCUCAGCUCCAGAGGCAGUUGAAUGUAGAGCAAAACAAUACCCUGGACUUCAGAUCUCUCAGCUUGGCCAAGACGUUACUUGCAAUCCAUCCGUUGGCCUUGUUUGUCAAAACAAUGAGCAAGGUCUUCAGCAAAAGUGCUUCGAUUAUGAGAUUCGAGUGAAAUGUUGUAAAUGUGGAACCACAACACACAUCCCAACCACCGCAACAACAACAGUUCCUCACACCACUACUCCUACACCCACUACUACAACCUCAACAUCGACAGCUCCACCUACAACAAAAACAUCAACUCAGACUCCCAGCCCUAGCACAACUCCAACCACUACUCCUACAUCAACCUCAACAGGAGUAACACCUACCAAAUGCAGUGGUGAAGAAACAUGUGUGUGGUCAGACUGGAUCAACCUUGGUCAGCCAACGUCUGGCUCUGAAGGUGGAGAUAAUGAAUCCAUUAAGAACAUCAUUGCUGCUGGUUAUCACAUUUGCUCAGCUCCAGAGGCAGUUGAAUGUAGAGCAAAACAAUACCCUGGACUUCAGAUCUCUCAGCUUGGCCAAGACGUUACUUGCAAUCCAUCCGUUGGCCUUGUUUGUCAAAACAAUGAGCAAGGUCUUCAGCAAAAGUGCUUCGAUUAUGAGAUUCGAGUGAAAUGUUGUAAAUGUGGAACCACAACACACAUCCCAACCACCGCAACAACAACAGUUCCUCACACCACUACUCCUACACCCACUACUACAACCUCAACAUCGACAGCUCCACCUACAACAAAAACAUCAACUCAGACUCCCAGCCCUAGCACAACUCCAACCACUACUCCUACAUCAACCUCAACAGGAGUAACACCUACCAAAUGCAGUGGUGAAGAAACAUGUGUGUGGUCAGACUGGAUCAACCUUGGUCAGCCAACGUCUGGCUCUGAAGGUGGAGAUAAUGAAUCCAUUAAGAACAUCAUUGCUGCUGGUUAUCACAUUUGCUCAGCUCCAGAGGCAGUUGAAUGUAGAGCAAAACAAUACCCUGGACUUCAGAUCUCUCAGCUUGGCCAAGACGUUACUUGCAAUCCAUCCGUUGGCCUUGUCUGUCAAAACAAUGAGCAAGGUCUUCAGCAAAAGUGCUUCGAUUAUGAGAUUCGAGUGAAAUGUUGUAAAUGUUUAACCACAACACACAUCCCAACCACCGAAACAACAACAGUUCCUCACAUCACUACUCCUACACCCACUACUACAACCUCAACAUCGACAGCUCCACCUACAACAAAAACAACAACUCUGCCUCCCACCACUACUAUUAUUCCUACAACUCCUUUUUUUGUCAUAACUGGUGAAACAGUGAAACCAUCGAUUCCAGUCACAUUACCCCAUCAUUGUUCUGUUUGCCAUUUCAAUCAUACUGAUUUCCUCAUUGGCUCCAUUGUAUAUAAUGUCUCUGACCAUGAUGGAUGGUGCUACAUUGGUCUCUGCAACAAGACUUGUGAAAUAGAAACACAUUUGACCAGCUGUGGUACAUCAACUACCCCAGUUACUCCUACUUCACCAACCACUUCACAGCCCCCAACAACAACAGUUCCACAUGUAACAUAUCCUUCUGAGAAGAACUGUGACCAUGAGCAUCCUCCAAGACAGAAUGGUGACAGCUGGAUACAUAACCAAUGCACCAACGGAACAUGCACUAACGGGAAUGUUAGUUAUGAGCAUGUACAUUGUGAGACUCCGAAGCCAAUAGCAUGUGAAAAUAACUAUCCUCCAAUCCAAGUGUUUGACGAAUCUGGAUGCUGUUUCCACUAUGAGUGUCAAUGUAUCUGCUAUGGUUGGGGAGACCCUCACUAUGUCACCUUUGAUGGAACAUACUAUGGCUUCCAAGGAAAUUGUUCUUACGUCUUGGUCAAAGAAAUCCUGCCAAAGUACAACUUCAGUGUUGUAAUCGACAAUUACUAUUGUGAUGCCCCAGAUGGACUUUCCUGUCCUCAGUCUCUGACAAUUUAUUAUCAAUCUUACAAGAUAUUCAUGACCAAGAAGGACGUUGAUGGAGUUUUCACAAGUCUGAUUUAUGUAAACCAGAAACGCAUCAUCCCAGCAUAUGAGACCAAGGACUUCCGCAUCACAGACAACGGAAUUGAGACCCUUUUAGUCAUUCCAGCAAUUAAUGCCAAGGUGUCUUUCACUGGUCUUAUGUUUAGCAUAUACCUGCCCUGGGACAAGUUCAGUGGCAACACUGAGGGACAGUGUGGUACAUGUGACAACAACCGGACAGAUGACUGCCGCUUGCCAAAUGGGACUAUCGAUUCAUCUUGUCCUGACAUGGCACACCAAUGGCAUGUUGCUGACCACAAUAACAGUCAGUGUACACCACCACCACCAGAGCCGAUACCAACACCACCACCAGGCUGUGAUCCACACAUUUGUCAUCUCAUUCAAAGCAAGGUCUUUGAGAGUUGCCAUAAGAUAAUCCCCUACGAGCCAUUCCUUGUGGCAUGUAUCUUUGAUGUGUGUUAUAUGGAUGAUGUUACCAUUGGCUGCACCAGCUUGCAGACCUAUGCUGAUGCAUGUGCACAAGCAGGAGUCUGUAUUGAGUGGAGAAAUUAUACAAAUGGACAAUGUGACUUCACAUGUGAGAAACCCAAGGUUUAUAAAGCCUGCGGUCCACAAGUUGAACCAACCUGUAAUGCCUGGUACAAUUUCAAAUUCAUCCAGACUCAAAAUGAGUUCAGUGUCAUGGGAGAUAUACAAUGGGAGGGAUGUUAUUGUCCCCCUGGGACCACUAUUAUGAGUUCCAGCUCAAACUACUGUAUCCCCAGCUGUGAUAUUUGCCCAUUGCCAAAUGGAGAAUGGAAAGAGGCUAAUGAGACCUGGGUGAGCAACUGCCAGGAGUGUGUGUGUGACCCGUACAGUCUGGAAAUCCAGUGCCAGCCUAUUGCAUGCCAACAUCAGCCUCCUCUCACCUGUGAUCAGGAGGGCCAAGUUAAGGUCGUAGAAACCGUUGACUGUUGUCAAAAGGACAAAUGCGAGUGUGAUGUCACACGAUGCUCUAUUUCCAAGAUAACUUGCCCAGUCGGAUUCGAGACAGAGGCAACUAUGGGAGUCUGCUGCCUAACUUAUCAAUGCGUGCCAAAGGAUGUCUGUGUGUUUAACAACACUGAAUAUCAGCCUGGUGCCAAUGUUCCUGGGGACAAGUGUACGAAUUGUGUGUGUGGUGACAGUGUAGAUGCCCAAAGCCAUCUACAUAUCAUUGAGUGUCAUCCUACUGAAUGUGACACUCACUGCCAGCAGGGCUAUGAUCAUCAAGCCGUUCCUGGGCAGUGUUGUGGGAAGUGUGUACAGACAAGCUGUGUGGUUAUGCUGCCAGAUAACACCACACACACUAUUCAGCCUGGUUCCGUCUGGAUACCAUCGGGAGACAAGUGUCUCAAGUAUGAGUGCUUAAAGAUUCAGGACCAACUCAUCCCAAUCGAGGCUAAGACUCUGUGCCCUGUCUUCCACCCAGAAGACUGCAUACCCGGAACUGAAGUCAUUGCUCCAGAUGGUUGCUGCCAUGUCUGUAUUCCAAUAACUAAGCCAUGCAACGUGACAAAGAGCAAAGUGUACCUGGACAGCAAUGGCUGCAAAUCUGCAAACAAGGUGGAAGUGACAACAUGCAGUGGAUCCUGUGUCACCUACGCCAUGUAUUCUCUUGAGGCCAACAUGAUGGAGCGCUCUUGUACCUGCUGUCGGGAAGAAUCCACCACCAAGAAGGAAGUGGAGAUGAUCUGCCCAGACGGGUCAAAGUUCAACCACCCCUACAUUCACAUCAAUAAAUGUGGCUGCCAGAGGACAGAGUGCGUGACCCCGGAGGAGACCCAGGUCACAAGGUCACGACGCAGGAGAAGAUGAAUGACUCUCCACUACCAUCCCUUUACUGCUUAGAUUAGUUUUCUAUUUAUGUUCAACUUGUUCAUGUUCCUGCAAAGUAAUCUGCUAAACAUAGGAGAAAUCAUUUCAGCUUCUUAUUCAAUUUUUAUUUUAUUUUAGCCAUUCAAAACAAUUAAAUAAAGUUGGCAAUAGGCUGUGCAUAUAUA